AUGGGCCAAACACUCUCGGAGCCCGUUGUCGAAAAGACUUCGGAGAAAGGUGAAGAUGAGCGCCUCAUCUACGGCGUCUCUGCCAUGCAGGGCUGGCGCAUCAGCAUGGAGGACGCCCACACGGCAGUCCUCGACCUGGACUCGAACAAGACUCACUCCAGCAAGCUGUCCUUCUUCGGCGUCUUCGACGGCCACGGCGGUGACAAGGUGGCAUUGUUCGCCGGCGCAAACAUCCACAACAUCAUCUUUAAGCAGGAUACUUUCAAGUCGGGUGACUACGCUCAGGGUCUGAAGGACGGCUUCCUCGCGACCGACCGCGCCAUUCUCAACGACCCCAAGUACGAAGAAGAAGUCUCGGGUUGCACAGCCUGUGUCAGCCUGAUCGCCGGAAACAAGCUCUAUCUCGCCAACGCUGGUGAUUCAAGAGGAGUUCUUGGCAUCAAGGGACGUGCCAAGCCUUUGUCCCAGGACCACAAGCCCCAACUCGAGAACGAGAAGAACCGAAUCACAGCUGCCGGUGGCUUUGUCGAUUUUGGCCGAGUGAAUGGAAACCUCGCCCUCUCUCGCGCUAUUGGUGACUUUGAGUUCAAGAAGAGUGCCGAGCUGUCUCCCGAGAACCAGAUUGUUACCGCUUACCCCGAUGUCGAGCAACACGACCUCACCGACGAGGAUGAGUUCCUGGUCAUCGCCUGUGACGGUAUCUGGGACUGCCAAUCCUCCCAGGCCGUCGUCGAGUUUGUCCGCCGAGGCAUCGCCGCCAAGCAGGAUCUCGACAAGAUCUGCGAGAACAUGAUGGACAACUGUCUGGCCUCCAACUCCGAGACGGGCGGCGUCGGCUGUGACAACAUGACCAUGUGCAUUGUCGGUUUCCUCAACGGAAAGACCAAGGACGAGUGGUACGAAGAGAUUGCUCGCCGAGUCGCCAACGGUGACGGCCCUUGCGCUCCCCCCGAGUACGCCGAAUUCCGAGGGCCUGGAGUCCACCACAACUUUGAAGAUAGCGAUAGCGGCUAUGAGCUUGAUCCUGAGAACAAGGGAGGACGAAGCUUCGGCGUUGGUGGGUACCGAGGCCGGAUCAUUUUCCUCGGCGAUGGCACUGAGGUUCUUACGGAUUCAGAUGACACCGAGAUGUUCGACAACGCCGACGAAGACAAGGACCUGGAGAGCCAGGUCGCCAAGAACACGACGUCCACCGACAGCAAGGAAACCGUUCCUGUAGCCGCCCCCGGCGCCGCGACCGCGACCGCACCCGCCUCCAGCAACGCCGCCGAGUCGAAACCCGCCCCUGCGGCCCAGUCGAAGCCCACGGAGAAGCCCGCCGAGGUGGAGGUGAAGAAGGAGGAGACGGCUCCCCAGGGGAUCAAGAAGGAAUAG